GAUAACCCGCGCAUUGAUCCACUGUGCAAUUUUUGAGGGGCAAAAUAUAAUCACGUGUUGCUAAGGCAGCCAAUUGCAGCUGGGGAAGCUUUGAGAAAUAAUUACCUGCGUUGAUUGUUCUAUGGGUAGAUCAAAAAAAAAGUACACACACUCCAUAUAAUAAUCGGAUGCAUGUAAAAGAGAACGGAACCAUCGACAUGUCGACCACGGGUCCCAUAAGUAAUUAUUAUGUGGAUUCCUUGAUACACCAUGAAAGCGAGGAUGUUCUUGCGGCUCGAUUCUCGGCUCCUGGUUCGCACUCCACCGGCCCUCGUCCAACGUCCCUUAUACCGGAGUGUGGUGACUAUCCGUCCUGCAGCUUUUCCCCGAAACCUCCCGUGUUUACUACCUCUUGGGCCCCUGUUCACUCCCAGUCCUCAGUGGUUUACCACCCAUACAGCCACCAACCUCAUUUAGGAACGGACUCAAGGUAUGUGCGGUCAUGGCUAGAGCCGAUCUCGGGGACCAUGUCCUUCCCUGGCUACCCAGCCAACGGCAGACACUAUGGGCUGAAGCCCGACGCCUUCCAGGAGCAUCGAGCCGGUGACUGCCUCGCCUCCAACGGACGCAACUACACGGAUUAUCUCUACUGCACCUCCGCUGACAUUCGAGAAAAGAACCAAACGAACAUCCCUUCUCCCGAGACCGAGCUUUUGGCUUCCGGAAAGCAUAAAGACGAGAAGCCAGAAUUAGACCCAAAUAACCCAGUGGCAAAUUGGAUUCACGCGCGUUCUACAAGGAAGAAGAGGUGCCCUUAUUCAAAAUACCAGACUCUCGAACUUGAAAAGGAGUUUUUGUUCAAUAUGUACCUUACCAGAGACCGUCGAUACGAGGUGGCAAGAGUCCUCAACCUCACUGAGAGGCAGGUCAAAAUAUGGUUCCAGAACCGGCGGAUGAAGAUGAAGAAAAUGAACAAGGAAAAAACCGACGCCAACAAAGAACAAUAAUAAAGGAAUUGUUACAAAAACGUCAUCAGACAAAAACAAGCAUCAGACAACAGUAAAAUAACCACUAUUGCCAUGGACAACAACAAAGAUAAACCAAAAUACAUCAUGCUCACUUCUUAAUGUUGGAUUUUGGGUUGGAUUUAGUUUUUGCAUUAACCCCACCUUCCAUGUUUGUUGCGAAAUAUUUUUUUGUUUUAUACGCUCUCCUUUCUUUGUCCAGUUUUAAACGAACCCCUUUCCAAGAAAAGAAAACAUUCUGCACUUACUUUGAAGAUACAUGUAUGUGUUUCUUUGUUAUAAGGGACAUUUGAAUUCAUGAUAUUUUGGACAAAUUAAAAACUGCCCCGAAGUAGGCCUAUAAGAAAGAGAAUACUUGAAUUGUUUUAAUUUCUUCACUCCAUAAUUUAUGAUGUCCCUGUGAAUGUUUCUUCCAUGUUUGUUCAUUUUCUAUGCUAUGGGUGUAGUAGCACAUUUUAUACAGAAAGAGAACAUCUGCCGUCAUUAACAAAAUGUCUGUCUUGCGUCUAUGUGGUAACGUAACCGUUUGGUGUACCUAUUUGUGCAUUUCAUAUUCAGUCGAUUGUAUAGGCACGUUUCAUUCAUUAUAUACGUGUAGAUAUAGGCCUACUCAAAUAUAAACAUUACCACGAGGCUCUUGUAUUUUCUGUGUUUCUUUUCAGACAUGUCUCAAAGUAAAACAAACGUAAAUAUGGCAUGCAAUCUUACGACCAAUUUAGAUCCAUAUGUAGAACUACAUUUUGGAACUUAAAGCGCACGUUUGUGGCGCGUAAAAUAGCCAAUGUAUCGAUAAUGAUGUCAACACAAAGGCAACACGAACCGCAUUUGUGUUAAUCAGGAGAGAAAGACCUGUAAGAAAUGAAAUAUCCCAAUUUCCCUGCACGUUGUGUGGAAUAUUGGAAGCAGAUGGAACGUUUCCUAAUCCUCUUUCUAGUAUUUGCAAGCAAAUCAGAAUCUUUAGACUACCACUCUUUAGAGUGUGCCCAUAAGUGGGUUAUUUUUUCUCUCUCGAAUAGAUUGAUGUAAGUUCGCCGACACAUCAAGGUUGUUACUAAAUAUGAUUUCACAAAACGUUUAUUUUAUCUUGUGCUGUUUUGAUACAAAUUAUAUUUGAAUGCAUGAAUUUAAGGUUACCACUUGGUAUGCAGAGGCCACCACAUCUGUCCACAAACUACCACAGCUAGUUCGCAUUGCACUGCGUAAACAUCAAAGACAUAGCCUAUAAAUCAAAAUGUAGCAGUACAAUGUGUUAUAGAACAAAUAGGAAACGGUCAUUACUCAUAUUUUGGAAAGGAAAUAGACAUUUAUUUCGUGACAAAAACCGCAGAAGACAACUUCAUAUAAACAUUUGGCCAAUGAGCCUGUGUCGUCCCAGGCCUAGCCAUAUGUGUCACGUGUAAUAAUUUAUUUUCCAAAGCAAAAAUACUAGCAGCUGCUUAUGAAGAUAUUAUUAUAUUUUUAACCUUUAACCAUUGUGUUGAGGCUCCUUUGCGUGUGCGUGAAGCUAAGGAAAAAGUAGUUAGGCUCGCAGGAAUUCUGAACAAAUCUUGUAG